AUUUAUAAGGAGCAGGGUCCUUACGCAGACGUCAGGGCUGGCGUAGUGGUACAAAUGCUUCUGUGAAUACGCGAGUGGGCGUACCUCAUAGUGAGACAUCGAAACGAAUGCUAUGAAAACACAAGUACAUGUGCGUAGUCCUUUGUCACGUGCAGAAAUAAGCCCCAACAAAACAGAAGGGAUAAAAGAACAUGAUUGACAGUCACAGUCAGCCAAUCAACGACGUGACUUUGGGUAGCAACAAAAUAAAUACUGAUUUUUUGUCCAAUCAGACAGCGACAGGGGGCGUGUACAAAUCCUGUCCCUGCACUGUGUUUACUUCCGUCAAUAUUUCCAGCACGGCAGGCAGAAGGACGCGAAGGAGACGCAGAGACGGAUCCGACAAAGGAGUCAUUUAAGGUGUUUGAAGUGGGAAAACCCCUUCCUCCUCACAGUCCCCCCUCCCAGCAAAAAUGCCUUUCUUGGGCAAGGACUGGAGGUCACCAGGAUGGAGCUGGACCAAGACAGAGCAUGGCUGGAAGAGGAUUGUCUUGUAUGGACACGAGUUGGAAGAUAACAACAGAGAGAUAGACUUGAAAGAGCUGUGCAGUGACAACAAAGAAAAUCUGUUUGUUGGGGAUGUGUGUGAGCUCGCCACGACAAAGAGGAAAAAGGACUUGUACAACAAUAACACCAAGUCUCAAUUUGUUUUCAGGGAUAAAUGGAUCUAUGUGCAGAAGGGAAGCACAAAAGAACGUCAUGGAUACUGCACGCUUGGUGAGGCCCUCAACCGUUUAGACUUUUCCAGUGCCAUUCAGGACUUGAGGAGAUUCAACUAUGUUGCAAAACUUUUCCAGCUAAUAGCCAAGUCUCAGUUGACCUCUUUGAGUGGAGCUGCCCAAAAAAACUAUUUCAAUAUACUGGAGAAGAUUGUACGAAAAGUUCUCGAGGACCAGUACAAUCCGCGCCUUGUCAAGGAGCUGUUGCACGACCUGAGCUCGACGCUGCACAACCUCACUAUCCAUGUUGGCAGGUGUGUCCUGGUGGGCAACGUCAACAUCUGGUUGUGCCGACUGGAGACCAUUCUCAAAUGGCAGCAGCAGCUCAACAACCUGCAGAUCCCUAAGCAAAUGUGCAAUGGCUUGUCAUUCAAUGACUUGCCACUGCACAUGCAGAGCAAGAUCCUCUGCAAGUUAUCUGAUGCCUGUGACAUCAUUAACCUGGGACAGGCCACGCCUACUCUGCACAUCCUCAGCGAGAACAGGAUGCUAUGGAAAAAACUCUGCCACUUUCAUUUCUCAGACAAACAGUUCUGUAGGAAUUUGGUCCUGACCAAGAGUGAUAAUGUGGACUGGAAACUGCUGUACUUCACCCUGCAGAAACAUUAUCCAAUGAGGGAGCAGUACGGAGACACCUUGCACUUCUGCAAACACUGUAGCAUCCUCUUCUGGCAGGAUCGCCACCUGGCUUUGUUAUUCAAGGACUGUGGCCAUCCAUGCACAGCCAACGACCCGGACAGCUGCCUCAUGCCCAUCUCUCCGCAACACUUUAUCGACCUCUUCAAGUUCUAGACUCUUCACGUUGCUCUUCAAGUGAGGCGUCCGUUUGCCUUCACUCCCAACCCAAGAGCUCGUAUGAGACUAUGGAAGUUGCUUACCCAAAUACAAAGGGCUUCAGCUGGAAGAGGUGGAUUGUUUUUUUGUUUUUUUUUAUGUCUUCAUUUCCACACGCACAAGGGUUUUUGUAAGACUUAGGGAAUGUUAAACAUGUACUUUUGUUGAUUUAUUUUUCAGAAUGUAGAUGGUGGGUGAAAUAUAAAUGGAAUUUUUAUGUUUUUCCUCCUUCUACACAAAUGUUUGUCUUCUUGACAAAAAAGGCUAUUCCUGACAGAGAAAAAAUAUGUAUACUAUAUGUAUGAGAAAGGAUUUAUAUGUAAAAGGCAUUGUAGCAUGUUGGUGACAGGUAGUGACCAUUUACAGGGUGACAGAAUAAGAGGACGUGUGUUAAAUGUUUAUUUAAUGGGGUUCUGCUUUUUGCUUUGUUCUGUUUUGGUAGUAUUUUCUUGCAGUAACUGAAUGCAUGUCAUGUUGAGGUCUCUGUUUACAUACUUUAUAUUGUCCUUUGUGAAUUAUUGCUGUGCUCUGUGUGUACAUUGGAAGUGUUAAUGCUAAGAGAAAAUAAUGUCGAACUCCAUUAGCCGUGCAAGUUUUUACAACUACUUUUGUCAGAACUGUCAAUUGACAGACAGAGGAAAUGUAAAGUAUUAUUUAUGGUGGUGGGGGGGGUUUGUAUCCUUCUUCUGCCUUUUGUAAUAUUCCUCCACUGUUCCCUUACUUUUAAUGGUACUAUCAUGACAUUUAUGGGACAGGAACUAGCCAUACAGUAAUUAAAUAUUUCUAAAAACCUG